AUGAACAAAAACUAAACUAACUGUUUCUUAAGUGGAUGUUUAAGCACAAAACUAGGAAGAUUUAAGAUGAGAACACAAAUUUUAAUUAUAAAUGGCAUAAUUUUAGCCAUAUUAAUACCUUCCCUUUUAAUAGCUUAGACUAUAAAUAUGUAGUAUGUACAACAAAUUCUUAAUGAUGCAUUAAAAAGAAGUACAAUUUCUGAAAUGUCUAAGCAUUUGACUAGUGCUUCAACAGCAUUGAAUUAUCAACUAAAUUCAGUCUUUAAAAGAAGUAUAAUCCUAUUUUAAAUUUUAGCAUAGAUUACCUUGACUAACCUUAAUUAAAUUUAUUGGAUGUAAUUAAAUAAUGAUAUAAUCACAACUUAGUAGCUUUCUCGAACAUGUGAUUAUAAUCAAACAACCAUACCUUAUGAAAAUAAUUAUUCUAUAAUUUGUUUCUCAAGAUUUGGAUUAGAAUAAAAUGAAUAGACUCCUUAUUUAAAUGGUGAUAUCAACUAAUAAUUAUAAAGUAUUACUAAUCUAAUAAGCUCAACAAUUUUGAGUUUAAUAAGAUUAAAUGAUGAGUUUUUACCAAAUUAAAUUUAUUUUGUCUCUUCCAUUAAUUCAGUGUAAUAUGGUUUUUUAUAUCCUUAAGUUAUCAUUUAUCCUAAUUUCAAUCCAAAAGAAAGAGCAUGGUAUUAGUAACAUUUCAAAAACUUAGAAAAAGAUAAAAAUAAUAAUACUUAAUUAACUGAUAUUUAUAGAUAUUUUGAUACUCAACCAAUUUAUUCAAUGACAAUGACAUAAUCAAUGUUAAAUUUAAAUAAGGAUGUAGAAGGAAUAUUUUGUUCUGAUCUUAUUUUUAAAAAUAGCUACAUUCCUCAAUUAAAUAUUAAUGUAAUGAUUGUAAAUACAAAUGGAACAUUAAUAUUGACUAAUUAUAAAAAUAUAGCUGUUUCAAAUUCAUCAGCUUUGACAAGAAUUGAUGAUGAAGAAAUUACAGGAUUUACAAAUGAAGAUUGGAAUUCUAUUCUUAAUUAUUAUUAUAAUAAAAAGUUAAAUUCUACUUGUAAUUAUGAAGAUUUAGAUAUUCUAUGUAGAUUUAAUAGUAUUUAUAAUAAAGAUGUUGUAAUUAAAAUAGUGAAAUUAUAGAAUAUCAAUUAUUUCCUUAUAUUAUUUUAUGAUAUUUAGAUUGAAUAAGAAAUUGAAUAUAAAAUCAAACUUCUUUUACAAAUAUUGAAUCAAAAUUUUAAUUAAAUGAUUUUUAUCACUGUUUUAAUUUCAUUUGGACUUAUUUUAUUGUAAGUAAUUUUAAUCUAUUUAAUCUUUUUACCCAUGUACUAGAUAAUUCGAUAAUCGUUUUACUUUCUAAAAAAAUAAGAAAAAUCAAAAUUGUCUGGACAAUUAAACUUUUUUAAAGAACUCAACAAAUUUGAAGAAAUAAUGAAAAAAUAAAAAAAUCUCAAAGAGAAUUUUAUAGAUAACAGUAUAAAUUAAAUAUUAUAUUAUAUAGAUAAUGCACUUAUGUAAUUUAAAAUAUAGUUUGAUACAUUAUUUGAUAGAGUUCUGACAUAAAAAAGGGAUAUUAAUCCUUAAUGUCAAAUACUUCAACAAUUUAAAUAUCCAAGAUAAAGUGUUCAUCAUACAUUAGACAUCCUUCAAAUUCUAAAAGAAGGGAAAAUCUCUGAUAACUAUUAUGAAUAGUAGAUAAGCAAUCCAAGAAAAUUUUAUUAAAGAAAAACAUUUAGUUUUAGAGUUGAAUCAAGUUGA